UCCUCUUUAUUUGCUCUUCGGCCGACCAUUCCUGCUAUCAGUUUAAAAGAAAAAAAAAAGGGGAAAAAGAGGGUCUCUUCUCUCUGCAAUUCCCAAAAGAAAAGACCCCUUUUUAGUAUAUUUUACCAUCCAUUUCACUCUCUAUUCAAUUUCACCCUCUUUCUUUUCGAUAGUUUAGGAGUGAUGGCUAAAGUUCUGGCGCAGUCUACUAUUGUUCCUUCUCUAGUUACGAGUCGAAGUCAUGGUCGAUCCACUGGGAAAUCGAAAAGGUCCGUCAAAAUGAUGUCUAGUUUACCAACACCUGGAUUGAGGAUAAAUAGUUUCUCCGGGUUACGGGGCUCAACUUCUUUGGAUAAUAUGGUUAGAGUCGACCAAGAUUUCCAUUCCAAGGUUGCGAUUUCAAUCUCGUCUCGACGUGGAAGGGGAAGUAGGUGUGUGCCUAAAGCCAUGUUUGAACGCUUUACUGAAAAAGCAAUUAAAGUAAUCAUGCUUGCUCAAGAGGAAGCUAGGCGACUUGGCCAUAACUUUGUUGGUACAGAACAAAUUUUGUUGGGUCUUAUUGGUGAAGGUACUGGCAUUGCUGCAAAAGUUCUUAAAUCCAUGGGAAUCAAUCUUAAAGAUGCACGAGUUGAAGUGGAGAAGAUAAUUGGAAGGGGAAGUGGUUUUGUUGCUGUGGAAAUUCCAUUUACUCCUCGUGCAAAACGUGUUUUGGAACUCUCGUUAGAAGAAGCUCGCCAACUCGGCCAUAAUUACAUUGGAUCAGAGCAUCUGCUUCUGGGGUUGCUUCGUGAAGGUGAAGGUGUAGCAGCACGUGUUCUUGAAAAUUUGGGUGCUGACCCAAGCAAUAUACGCACACAGGUUAUUCGUAUGGUUGGUGAGGGCAACGAAGUUAGUGUGGUUACCGGAGGAUCAACUGGUAACACAAAGAUGCCAACACUUGAGGAAUACGGAACCAAUUUGACUAAGUUAGCUGAAGAGGGUAAAUUGGAUCCUGUUGUUGGAAGGCAAGAUCAAAUCGAACGAGUCGUCCAAAUAUUGGGUAGACGAACCAAAAACAACCCGUGUCUUAUUGGAGAACCUGGUGUUGGAAAAACUGCUAUUGCAGAAGGUCUUGCCCAACGAAUUGCUACUGGUGAUGUUCCUGAUACUAUUGAGGGCAAGAAGGUUAUAACUCUUGAUAUGGGUCUUCUUGUUGCUGGAACAAAAUAUCGUGGUGAGUUUGAGGAGAGGUUGAAGAAGCUAAUGGAGGAAAUCAAGCAAAGUGAUGAGAUAAUAUUGUUUAUUGAUGAGGUGCACACUUUGAUUGGAGCUGGAGCAGCUGAAGGUGCGAUUGAUGCUGCCAAUAUCUUGAAGCCUGCUCUUGCAAGAGGUGAAUUGCAGUGUAUUGGAGCUACCACACUUGAUGAAUACCGAAAGCAUAUUGAGAAAGACCCAGCUUUGGAAAGACGUUUCCAGCCAGUUAAAGUGCCCGAACCAUCUGUUGAUGAAACUAUACAGAUUUUGAAAGGUUUGCGAGAGCGUUACGAGAUUCACCACAAGCUUCGUUACACAGAUGAGGCCUUAAUCUCUGCCGCACAGCUUUCAUACCAGUACAUCAGUGACCGUUUUCUGCCUGAUAAAGCAAUUGACUUGAUUGAUGAAGCUGGAUCUCGUGUUCGCCUUCGUCAUGCACAGCUCCCUGAGGAAGCUAGAGAGCUUGAGAAAGAGCUCCGGCAGAUCACAAAGUCGAAGAACGAAGCAGUUCGCAGCCAGGACUUUGAGAAGGCUGGGGAAUUACGCGAUCGGGAAAUUGAGCUCAGGGCUCAGAUCACUGCAAUCCAAGAGAAAGACAAGGAGAUGAAUAAGGCAGAGGCGGAGGCAGGGGAUGGAGGGCCUCUAGUGACUGAAGUCGACAUUCAGCAUAUAGUCUCUUCAUGGACUGGUAUUCCUGUUGAGAAAGUAUCAACCGAUGAAUCCGAUCGCCUACUUAAAAUGGAAGAGACUCUUCAUAAGCGAGUCAUUGGUCAGGAUGAAGCUGUCAAAGCCAUUAGCCGUGCUAUUCGACGUGCUCGUGUUGGUCUCAAGAACCCUAACCGGCCAAUUGCCAGUUUUAUCUUCUCUGGACCAACUGGUGUAGGAAAAUCGGAACUAGCAAAGGCACUAGCUGCUUACUACUUUGGCUCUGAAGAAGCCAUGAUCCGACUUGAUAUGAGUGAGUUCAUGGAAAGGCACACGGUGUCCAAGCUGAUUGGUUCACCCCCUGGGUAUGUUGGGUACACCGAGGGUGGUCAGCUAACUGAGGCUGUUAGGAGGCGACCAUACACCGUAGUACUUUUCGAUGAGAUUGAGAAAGCCCAUCCCGAUGUUUUCAACAUGAUGCUUCAGAUCCUCGAGGACGGAAGGCUCACAGAUAGUAAAGGAAGAACUGUCGAUUUCAAGAAUACACUCCUGAUAAUGACAUCAAACGUUGGAAGCAGUGUUAUCGAAAAGGGUGGACGGCGAAUUGGGUUUGAUCUCGAUUAUGAUGAGAAAGACAGUAGUUACAAUAGAAUAAAGAGCCUGGUGACAGAAGAACUGAAGCAAUAUUUCAGGCCGGAAUUUUUGAACAGAUUGGACGAGAUGAUUGUUUUCAGGCAACUCACCAAGUUAGAAGUGAAGGAAAUUGCCGAUAUAAUGCUCAAAGAAGUGUUUGACAGGCUUAAAAGCAAAGAAAUCGAGCUCCAAGUGACCGAAAGGUUUAGAGAAAGGGUGGUGGAAGAAGGGUACAACCCAAGUUACGGAGCAAGGCCUUUAAGAAGAGCCAUAAUGAGACUUCUGGAGGACAGCAUGGCUGAGAAGAUGCUUGCAAGGGAAAUCAAGGAAGGUGAUUCAGUAAUAGUAGAUGUUGACUCUGAUGGAAAUGUCACGGUUCUCAAUGGCAGCAGUGGCACUUCCGAGUCAUUGACCAAUCCGAUUCCAGUUGUGUAAACCACAUAUAAGCCACUCUAGAUAUGUUGUUUUGUACCCUCUUUUUUCUUUUGCUUCUCCUUUUGAUUGAACUGGCUGUACUAUUAUGAAGUCUGUUUUGUUGGAAGGACUAGUUGGGCAGUUGAAAUUGGAAGCCAUUAGUUGCUUUUUGCA